AUGCCUGCAUCUGCAAGGCAGUAUUUGAAGGACAAGACUUUCAUCCCUCACCGGUAUCCAACGCAAUCAGCUCCAGGGUAUCCAGCAGACGGUUCGAUCCGGUGGAUCGAUGAACCCUUGACUAACGACCAACCACUCAGACCGGUGAAGUAUUUGCAGUUUUCUGACUGCAUGGAACUGCAGCGUCAGGGAAGCGAGGCCUCGGUUUGUACACCAUUGGUUCCUAUCACAGAUGUCAUAGCCGCGACAAGAGACGGCGAAUACGAGUGGUUGGCACCACGAUCGACAUUUUCCGUCCACACUUUUCCACAAGACACUGCAACAUGAAUGUUUCGCAGAGAUGAACUUAUCCCUAGUCACAAAAUAUAAA